CCCGUCCCCCAAAUUUCCCCUUUCUCGUUCGGCUUCCGCUCGAUCGGAUUCGAUUGCAGCGAAUUGAAGAGGGCGGAGAGGCAAUUGAUCGGAGAAAGGGGGGAGAGCCACCGGCCGGAGAUGGAGGAGGUGAAGCUAUGGCGCGACAAGCGGGAACGCGACAUGUACGACAGCUUCGCGGACCUGUACGCCAUCAUCAAGACCACCGAGAAGCUGGAGAAGGCCUACGUCCGCGACCUCGUCCCCUCCGCCGAGUACGAGGCUGAGUGCCUCAAGCUCAUCGCCCAGUUCCGCACCCUCCACUCCGCCCUCCGCGGCGCCGUGCCUUCCCUCGACCGCUUUGCGGACGCCUACCGCCUCGAUGCCCCGGCCGCCAUCAACCGCCUCUUCGUCUCCGGCGUUCCCGCCACCGUCGAGCACCGUGCCGCCGCCGCCUCCUCGGGAAACCUCUCCGCCUCCACUGCUGCCGUCGCGGAAUGCGUCCAGCACUUCAUCACCGCCAUGGACUCCGUCAAACUCAACAUGGUCGCCGUUGACCAGGUUCACCCCCUUCUCUCCGAUCUGUCCACCUCCCUUGCCAAGCUUGGCAACGGCCUACUCCCCCCGGACUUCGAGGGCCGUACUAAGGUCCGCGACUGGCUCGCGCAACUCGCGAAGAUGGGUGCCGCCGAAGAGCUCACCGAGCAACAGGCCCGCCAACUCAACUUUGACCUUGAGUCCUCUUAUAGCGCCUUCAUGGCUGCCCUCCCCAAUGCUGGAUCUUGAUUAUCAUCUGCUGAUUUCUCCUCCUCCAAGGUUUUCCUCAAGUAUCUUCCUUUUCUUCUUCCUAUGAGCAUCUUAGCAAAUAUAGACAUUAUUGAUUCUGAGCAUGAAGUAUAGUUGUGCAGAUAUAUACCUUUUUUUUCAUUUAUCAUUAAUGGUUCCAAUC